AUGGGACUUACUUGUUAUAGCUCUUUAAAGCUUCCUCAAAGAGAUUUCAUUUUCGAGAUUUUCAUUGAAUUUCAUCACCUAAAUGGCUCCUCAUCAAACACAUUAUUGAAUGGUGCAUCUGAGCCUAAGCUUCAACUCAUCAUCGGUGCCUCAAGGAAGGCGAUAGAGUCGUUAACAGAUCAACCCUGUCUAGCCAACAAGAAACUGCACAAGUCAUCACCCAAUAAGGCGUGGCUCCACCCAAGGCGGAAGCGAUCUUCUAGUGAGCAAAAUCAGGCCAGAGCAGCUGUGGAAGGCAUUAGCAAAAUAAAAACAGGCACAUUGGUCUCUCAAUCAGAACAAGAGCUUGUCGACCGUGAUGUCAUCUCGGGGAACCAGGGAUGCAAUGGUGGCUUCAUGUACAAAGCAUUUCAGUUCAUCAAAAAAACUGGACUCACUACAGAAAGAGAACAUCCAUACAUUGAAGCUAUAUGCAAUAAACAAAAAGCGAGAUACCACUAGACAGAAAAAGUACCUGUAAUUGAUGAGAAAAGCAUAAAAGAUGCAGUUGCUAACCAGCCAGUCUCUGUAGCAAUUCAUACAGGGGGAUAUGAUUUCCAGUUCUAUUCUGGUGGAGUUUUCUCAGGGAAUUGUGGAAAGGAACUCAAUCAUGGAGUGGCAGUAGUUGGGUAUGGGGAAGCUAGCAAUAGGCUUGUCAAGAAUUCAUGGGGCACUGGGGGUGAAUCUGGUUACACGAGAAUUCUGAUUCAAGUGAUAAGCAAGGUACUUGUGGCAUAGCUAUGGAGGCUAGCUACCCUAAAUCU